AUGGCGAUUAAGAAGCUAAUACAUGUGGAUGCUGAAUCAUGCCGUUUGAUUGACUGGAUGGAGAAAGGUCUGUCCGAUGGCUUGCAUUGUAAAUCCCUCAAGGCUCUCACGCUUGGAAUAUGCAAGACUAUAGAUGGUCNUGUGGUUGAGGAAUACUCAUUUUCUUUUAGCUAUCCGGCUUCUGACAGCAAAGAUGUCUUGAUGAUCGUCAACCUUACUGAUGUAGGAGAAGCAAACCCUACUUUUGGUGCCAUAACACCAAGCAAAUUAAGCCGUUCCCGUACUCUACAACGUGAUGGCAACCGUUGA